AUACAAGAAAAUGUCAAUGUGUCGGCUCUGAACAACUAAGCCUGAUUCAAACUACGUGUUGCUUACAUUCAUGAGUGAACAUUUAUUGUUUUUGUUUUCUAUACCCAUAUUUCACGACGCGAUUGCUUUUUAUUUUAUUUUUUCGCAAACGAAAGUAUAUACUUAUGUGUGCGUUCGAGUGUUUAUUAGUGUGGUAAAAGUUAACAAUAAUAGUAUCAACAGCAACAAGUAUUCACAAUGGCUGUGUGGAGUGACUGCAAUGCUAAGCAGUCGUUUGGCAUUGCCAAAUGUAAUUUUGACCAGGAGAGGAAGCCACACCGCUUGAACUUGGAUGUGGGCGAUGCUGUCAUAAUACUGAAGGAGACCACACACUGGUAUUACGGCUACAAGCAGAAGGAGAAGCAAAUACGCGGCAUCUUCCCCAAGAGCUAUGUGCAUCUGUGUGAGUACACCAUUGUCAAUGGCGAGUACUGCAUACAGCGCACCGACAUCGUCGAGGAGAUCACCAAAGUGAUGCUGGAGUGGGGCGUCAUUGCCAAGAGAUACUUUUUGACCACAAAUCCAGAUUUUCAGAAGAUUCGACGUAAAAUGAAUGAGCUGAAUAAUAACAGGGCCGCCUUGAUAUCCGGCAAUCUGCCGCUCGACGAGAUGCGCAAGGUGAAGCUGCAGGCAACGGCUCAGAUCGAUACAGGCAACAGGCUGUUGGGUCUGGACAUGGUCGUGCGCGACGAGAGCGGCGAUAUACUGGACACCAAUUCCAUCUGCAGCACCGAGCUAUACGAAAAGCAUGUGUACGCCGUGCAGCGAAUCGAAAAGGCCAACCGCUUGUCCAGUGAUCGCGAGACGCAGCGUACCCACAACAAAUACUCACACAACAUACUGCUGCAUGUGAAUGCGUUCGUAUGCAAAUUCCAAGAGGAUUCGGAUCUGCUAUUUACGCUCUUCAAUGGCGACACCCACAAGCCCAUCAGCGAAAACUAUGUGGUGAAGUGGUCCCGCACUGGGGUGGCGCGGGACAUCGAUCAGUUCGAUAACAAUCGCGUAUUAUUUACCGAUCUCAGCCGUAGCGAUCUGAGCAUCUCGAAAAUGUAUCUGGUGUGCUAUGCCAUACGCAUCGGCUCUAUGGAGAUGAAGGACUCGAUGGAGUCGAAACGCACCAGCAUGAACAUUGCAAACAGUGUCCUGACGGCGGCCAGCAGAAAGCAUUCGCAGUUGUCGGUCAAUUCGAACGGCUCCUCUGGCAGCACCAGUGAGUACAUGAUGCGUCGGCCCUUUGGUGUCGCCUGCAAGGACCUGACGCCAAUCAUAAGCAAGCCAGAGGAGUUCCGGGGCAACCUCGACCUGCCGUUCAUCAUGUGCGAGAAGGACACACUGGAUGGCACGCUGCGCAAGCUGAUCGCCAACAAGGACAUUGGCAAAAUCGAAUCCAAAAUGGCUGUAACAUUUGAGGUAUUGCGCGGCGACAUUAAGCAGAUCAAGGAGGACUUUCCACGGCUCGUGCACACCAAUGUGCCCGUGGCGCGCAAAAUGGGUUUCCCGGAGGUUAUACUGCCGGGCGACGUGCGCAACGAUCUCUAUUUGACCAUCUGCAGCGGCGAAUUCGCGCGCAUUGCCAAAACGUCCGAGAAGAACGUGGAGGUGACCGUCUGCGUCGCCAACGAGCAGGGGCAGCUGGUACCUGGCGUAAUGAGCAUUGGUGCCGGCCAUCCGCCCAUCGAUGAGUACAAAUCGGUGGUGUACUAUCACGACGACAAGCCCAAGUGGCAGGAGACGUUCAAGAUACACGUGCCAAUCGAAGAGUUCAAGCAAUGCCAUUUGCGCUUCACACUCAAGCAUCGGAGCAGCAACGAGCAAAAGGAUCGCUCCGAGAAGCCGUUCGGCCUGUCCUAUGUGCGUCUGAUGCAGGCCAAUGGCACCACCAUACCACAGGGCCAGCAUGUGCUUGCCGUCUACAAGAUUGAUCACAAGAAGUACGACAAGACAAUGGGCAACAGUUACAUGGAGCUGCCAGCCACCACAGCUGAGCUGAUGGGCGCCAAGCCAUCGAUAGCUGGUCUAAGUCUCUUGCCCAAGGAUCAAUUUACCAUCGAUGUCAAUCUUUGCAGCACGAAGCUAACGCAGAGCGUAAGCCUCUUGGGAUUGUUGCAUUGGUCGGCGCAUAAGGAGAGGUUGGAGCAGUCGCUGAAUGCUUUAUCUACGGUACCCGGCGAGGAGGUAGUCAAGUUUCUGCAAGACAUACUCGAUGCUUUGUUCAAUAUCCUGGUGGAGAACGAUAAUCCCGAGAAAUACGAUCAGCUGGUCUUUAUGAGCAUCAUCCAUCUCAUUGAAACGGUGUCCGAUCUGAAGUACCAACACUUUUUAACCGUGCUGGAUGUCUAUAUAAACGAGAGUUUCUCCGCCACGUUGGCCUACACGAAACUAAUGGAUGUGCUGCAGCGCAAUAUUCGAGACGCCAUUACACCGAGCGAGAAAUCUGCCGAUGGCAUUGAGCACGAGGAGAGCCCCGCAGUGCGGCGUCUAUAUAAGACCACGCGCUAUCUCCACUACGUGAUGAAGUUUGUCAUAAGAUCGCGUGUUCUGUAUGCGGCGAUGAAUUGUAAUAACGAUUACGUGGACUUUGCUACGCGUCUGCAGGAGCUGCUCAAAAUGUUCAUCGACAUGAUCGGCUGCCCCAGCAAUCUGCUCAAGUCGGAGGGAGCGUUGCUGAAGAACUUGCAUAUCAUAGCCACGGAUUUGAUGGAGGUCUUCGAUCAUGUGCAUCUCAGCAUUUCUAUAGUGGAUAUAUUAAAGAAGUUCCCGCCACGUCGUCUCACCCAGUCGAAAAUGGGGUGUAUCAAGGACUUUGUGGACACGAAGCUGUUCAGCUCGCCCACCUGCCGUGCUAUCCUGCUGCCGGUGUUCUGCAAGCACAUCAAAGAUCAUCUCGAGAGCAAGGAGGAGGGUGACUCGAAAACCGAUAUCUGGCAGCAAGAAAAGAAUCUUUCGAAAGCCGCUAAAGUGCUCGGACAAAAAAAAUCCCACCUGCACACUCGUGAUACGACUGCCAAUAAAAAGAUCGCCGAAUGCAUCAACAUAAUGAACAACAUUAUGAAGUUGAUCUAUCGGCCGGACGUGGGACCCACACAUAAUGACGUGCGCGACAUUAUGAUCAUAUUGCUGCGUCCGGUAAUGAAGGCGGCGCACUCUCUGGAUCGGGAUACUGGCGUGGUGGGCCAGUUCUUUGCCAUUAUGCUGGGCAUACUGCAGCGCCUGGAUGCGCAGCACUACAAGUACUUUGUCAACGAUCUGCAUCAGCAUGGUGAACUGAAGGACUUUGUCAUCGAGAUCUUGCUCGUCUUCGAGGAGCUGGUCUCGCCGCAUCAGAAGCCCGUGUUUCCGCGCGACUGGAUGGACAUGAUUAUGCAUCAGAAUACGGUCAUACUCGGGGCAUUGCAGCAAUUGAGCAUGGUCAUCACGGACUACUUUUUGUGCCCAGUCUUUGACAAGCAAAUCUGGUCAAACUUCUUCCAAUGCUCGAUUGCAUUCCUGGUGCAAUCGCCGCUGCAGCUGAACGACUUCAAUGACAACAAGCGGCAGAUAGUUUUCGCACGAUAUCGGGACAUACGCAAGGAUACGGCCAAGGAGAUACGCAAGAUGUGGUUCCAGCUGGGCAAGCACAAGCCCAAAUUCGUGCCGCAACUGGUGGAGCCCAUUUUGGAAAUGAGCAUGAUACCCGAAACUGACCUCCGACGCGAGACGAUACCCAUUUUCUUUGACAUGAUGCAGUGCGAGUAUUACAGCUCACGCUUGGAGUUGGAAAGCUACGGCGACACCAAGAAUAACAAUGCCCACUACAAGGGUAACUUUUCCGAGUUCAAGACCGCAAUGAUCGAAAAGUUGGACAUUCUGAUAGGCGCGGGCAAGGGUGAUACAGAGUAUAAGGAGCUGUUUAAAACGAUCAUGCUGGAGUACUGUACCGCCCACAGCACGCUCAAUGUGGACGGCACCAGCUUUGUGAACAUGGUGACAAAGCUGAUGGAUAAGCUGCUCGAGUAUCGCUGCAUCAUACAGGACGAGAGCAAGGAAAAUCGGAUGGCCUGUACGUUCUCGCUGCUGCAGUUUUACUCGGAGGUGGAUCUCAAGGAGAUGUACAUACGCUACGUGUACAAGCUGUGCGCCCUGCACAUGGAGUUCGAGAAUUACACGGAGGCGGCAUUUACGCUUAAGCUGCAUAUGGAUCUACUGCACUGGACCGAUGCAGAAUUGUCGCCCCAGUUGCGCAGCUAUCGCCAUGGCAGUUGCCGAACCCAUCGAGAGCUAAAGGAGGCCCUCUACUUUGAGAUCAUGGAGUACUUCGAUAGGGGCAAGCAGUGGGAGUGCGCAAUUACUAUGUGCAAAAUACUAGCCCAGCAGUACGAGGAGGAGGUCUAUGAUUACAUCAAACUGGCGGAGCUGCUGAAGCGAAUGGCUCAGUUCUUUGAGAAAAUAGUCAAGGAGCUGCGCCACACUUCCGAGUACUUCCGUGUGUGUUUCUACGGACUCGGCUUUCCACGUCUAUUGCGGAAUAAAGUUUAUAUCUUUCGGGGCAAGGAGUACGAACGCCAUAGCGACUUUUGCUCACGUAUGCUGGUGCAGCAUCCACAGGCAGAGCUUAUGCAAACGCUGGAGGCGCCGGGAGAGGAUAUUACCAACAGCGAUGGCCAGUACAUACAGGUCAAUAAGGUGGAGCCGAUAAUGGACGCAGCCUUCUCCAAGUUUAACGAUAAGAUCAUCUCCAAUGAGAUUGUCAAGUAUUUUACAUUCAACAAUGUGCAAAAGUUUCAAUUUUCGCGGCCAUUCCGCGACAGCUCUGGCGGUGGAAAUAUGGAUGAUGUGCGCAAUCUUUGGCUGGAGCGGACCGAGCUCAUUACACAGUAUCCAUUGCCUGGAAUUUUGCGCUGGUUUCCUGUUGUUGAUACGCAUACGUUUAAAAUUUCACCAAUAAAGCGCGCCGUGGAGAUCAUGAAAGAGACCAAUAAGGAUAUCAGGCAGCUGGUCAUAUUGCAUCAACACGAUCCCAAUCUCCACAUAAACCCGCUGAGCAUGAAACUAAAUGGCAUUGUGGAUCCUGCCGUUAUGGGCGGCUUCGCCAAAUACGAGGAAGCAUUCCUCACGGACGAGUAUUUGCUGCAGCAUCCGGACGACAAAGAUCUGGUUGAGGAGCUAAAGGAAUUGAUCGCAAUGCAAAUACCUCUACUCGAGUGUGCUAUUCGCUUGCAUCGGCAAAAGGCGCCGGAGAGCCUAAAGGCGCUGCAGGAUCACUUGGAGGUUUGCUUCGCGGAUAUGCAGCAUCACGUGGAAUCGCGCUAUGGUCGUAAAUCGUGUGACUUACAAGUCGACAGAGAUUCGGUGAUAAUGCGACGCACGAGCUCUUUUCUGCCCGCAAUCUUCGACGGUAGCAACAAUCGACUGUCCGAGACCAGCAUGGGCUCCUCAGACAGCGGUUUGUCGAAGUCCACCUUUCUGCCGCGGCCGCCCACAAGUUCCAUCAAGUCCACUCUGGCCAGCUUAAGCUUUAACACCAGACCUAGCCUGGGACAUACGCCUAGCACCAAAGGCAACAAGAAUAAGGAAAAGCCGGCCAAACGGCGCUCCAUGAAAAAGGAUCGUGAUGUAUUAAGUCUGCCGGUCGCCAAUAGCCAGUGGUAUACGCCGCCACUCACAACCAUAACUUCAACGCCCGAGAAGGAAAUCAACACUUCUAUCAAUUCACUGGCAAGUGCCUCGAAUAGCUCUUUAAAUGGACCGAAAACACCCGAUCCUCGCGUACUCACAGAAGAGUUGACCCCCAAGCGACCACUGCGCUCUGAAAAAGAAAAGGAACGCCGUCUCUCGCGACCAGUCAGCAUUCCAACGCCAUCAGCUAGCAUUAAAAACUUUGCGGACAUACGAUCCCUCUCCGAGAGCAGCAAUCGGAAUUCAGUUGAAACGACCGAUUCCACGUCGGAGGAGGACAUACUACCACCGCCCUUGCCCGCCAAGACACGUGACUCCACGGAUUUUAGCAGCCUAACCCACAGUCUAGACUGGAACCCCAAUGGCUAUACUAUGCUUAACGUACUGAGCAGCAACACUAGCACCAACAGCAGCAUCAGUAUCAGCACUACUACAAUGACAAAGACCAGUAUUACAAACGCCACGUAUGAGUAUGUGGAGGCGACAAAUUUCGGUUUGCCUAGCAUAAGCGAUGCCAGCAAACCACGUCCUCCGACUCCACCGCCGAAGCCAUCGCGUCACAGCAAACACAUUCCAUAGACAAACGAAUAGGAGUCGCAAUUGCUGCUGCCAGUGCUGCGCCAUAGAUGAAACGAAAAGUAAAGAAUCAAAAUCCGUUGUCAACGAGCAAGCAUCGAGUGCCAAAUAUUCCUGUGUUACUAUGUGCAUAUACAUAUAUAGAGAAUCGAGCAAAAUCAACACACAACAAUAGCCUCACAUGACCGACUACCAAAAACCAAAUGGCAUCCGUGUCUUAACGAAACGAUCGCACUAAAUUUAAGAUAAAUGUUUUUAACGCGCUUGGUAUGAAUCAAAGCCUAAUCGUGUAUUUAAUGUUAAAUGUUGCAAUGAUAUUAUGUUGAACAUGUCAUCAUUUCUAUCUAAGUUGAUAGUCUAUUUAUAUAAAAGAGUAAUCGAUGUUUCUUUUAAUUUGUUUUCGAACAAAAUGCAAUACGCACACAAAUGCUGCUUGUCUUCCACAAGUUUGUAUUCUGCUAUACAAAAUCAAA